CUGUAGAAAUGCCAACAUGAAAGACAAUAUAUAACCUCGAUUCCUGCUCAUUUCCGUUUCUUUGCAAAGAGGCGCAUUAUCGUGCUUGUACAGACCAUAUUAGCGAUUCGCUGUUCUUGAAUGUUUCUUGUGUUUAGAAUUAGCGGCACCUACAGUCAUUGUUUUGCCCAGGCCAGCUCCCAAUAACAGUUAGACCGGCAUACAUACAUCUGUAAUUCGGAGUCCAAUAUUGACACUCCCGAGUCCCGUCAUCUUUACUAGGUAAGUUACCCGGCAGCGCGCAUGGCGAACCCGCUCGGCAUGCAUCCCCUCGUGUAGUGUAGCCGUUAUACGGCCACUAGACUGAGGAAUGGCUGCUGGACGGAUGAGGAGAAGUUGGAGCCAAGCACCACAGGCGCACAUCUUGAAAACCCAUGCUUUAAUAGAGGUGGAUUCCCAAGUCUAUACACAAGUUCCUCUGGUAAAGUGCGUUUUGACCGGUUACCCCAUUGCGCUGUUAACCUGAUUCUGUAUCAUUCCCACUCACCUCUCUUUGCUAGGUCAGGCCAUAGUCAUCAUGGUUGGUGUUGUUACGCUCGACUUCUCCAAAUACCCUAUCCCCACACAGGCUUUCAUCGGCGGAAAAUACAUUGAUUGCAAGAACACUGAGAAACAUGAGCUACGUUCAUCUGUCAACGAUGAAGUCUUGACCUCAGAUCUUCAGUGGGCCUCUAUUGAGGAUGUUGAUACGGCUGUGGCUGCAGCGGAAAGCGGCCUCGCAGCUUGGGGCAAGAUACCCAACACUCAGAAAAGAGAUAUCAUGGUCAAGUUUGCUAGCUUGGUCCGUGAAAGUUCAGCUCAGCUCGCCUGGUUAGAAGCCGUAUUGAUAGGAAAGGAUCCAAGGAUAGGUGGCUUUGGUAUCAACGAGGUAGCGGAGCUCUUCACUUAUUACGGUAACAUAAUCCAGCAAUUCCACGGUCAGGUUCAAACGCCACAUGACGACGGCACACUGGAGUACGUGAUCAAACAACCGUUUGGUGUAGUCGCUGGUCUUACGCCUUUCAAUGAGCCCCUUCUCACAUUCGCCAUGAAAGUGGCGCCUGCUGUCGCAGCCGGUAAUGCAAUAGUUUUGAAGGCCAGCGAACAGAAUCCCCUGUCCACACUCUUCAUCGCUAGCUUAACAAAAGAAGCUGGCUUUCCGGACGGCGUGAUAAAUGUCUUAACAGGUGGCGCGGAAUCUGGAAGUGCGUUAGCCUCCCACAUGAAGAUUCGAAUGAUCAGCUUCACGGGAAGCAUUCAAGUUGGUAAGCUUGUGCAGCAAGCAGCCGCCCAGUCAAACUUGAAGAACGUCACACUAGAGCUAGGUGGAAAGUCGCCGGUAAUUAUAUUCCAGGACGCCGAUCUCGAGAAGGCGUCGAAAAUGUCAGCAUCAUUUUUAGCAUUGAACGGCCAGGGAUGCCUCUUAGGCACCCGCAUGUAUGUUCACGAAGAUGUUGCCCAGGAAAUGAUCGUGCGGAUGAAAGGCAUCGUCGAGUAUAUGGGAACAGCUCUAGGCGCUGAUCCACUCAACCCUACAACAAUGACUUCCCCGCUAUUCAACCACCGUCAAAAGGAUGUGGUCAUGAAAUUCAUUGAGGAGGGAAAGAAAGAGGCAACACUGUUAACCGGUGGCGAGGCGGUGGGGGAAACGGGAUGCUAUGUGCAGCCUACCAUUUUCAUCAAUCCCUCCAAGUCAGCCAAGGUACUCAGGGAAGAGGUCUUCGGGCCCGUUCUGACUAUCGUCACAUUUAAAGACGAGCAAGAAGUUCUAGACAUGGCCAACGACACAGAGUACGGUUUAGCGGCUUAUGUUCACACGAAAGAUCUAGGCAGGGCGCUCCGACUUACCAAGAACCUGCAAGCGGGGAUGGUGGCCGUCAACUCGGCUAUGGCAUACGACAAAGCUCGCCCAUUUGGCGGCUGGAAACAGAGCGGCCAAGGUUAUGAGAACGGCGCUGCUGGCCUCGAGGAUUGGUCGCAAACGAAGAGUGUGCUCCUCUCUCUGUAAGGCCGAGCCUACAGAAACUACCCCUAUCGCCUGAACUACCAGAUUAUGAACAGAUUUCAUGAAACAGCUACCCAAUUUACACUCUAGCGUUAGAGUCAGGAGCAGACCACAAUGAAUGUCAAAUGGGUAACAGCUACAAAUUUAAAACAUGCUCGCAUGCCCCCUUAUUUUCUAGACUAGAUUCUUAAAAUACAGGUUGGCGAGUAUAAAUAUCUUUAUGCCCAUAGAUAUACACAGUACAUAGUAGAUUAGAAUACCUACUUACUGCGAUGCCUUUGUCAAUUAUGUACGGUACUCUACAUUGGUGGCAUAUAAAACACAAACUACCAGGUAGCGUCAUCCCUGCGCCACAUCCCGAGAUAUGAGAGGACCACUGAUCUCAAACGGCUACUCCACCACAACUCGCUGGAAAUCACACCAAGGCUUGUACUGCCCCAGACAACCAUGCGUGCAUACAGGCCUUUUUCCAAUAAGGCCUACUGUGUAUGUGGAUUUCGAGAAUACCUUACACCACUUGUGUGAAACUUGGUGCGGAGCUACUUAGCCAAAGAGGAAUAAUUCCUGGGGGGUUGUAUCCAGGUAGAUAGAUGCCCACGGUAUGUAGGUAGGUAGGUAGGUAGGUAGGUUAGGUGUCUAACCAGGCAUCCGACGAAACGACAUUCCAUAUGAAAUAACCCUCAAUCAAAC